AUGAUGCCUUCACUACUUCAAAAACGUAAAGGAAGGGCCCAGGCAAGAAACAGGGAAUUUUUCAGAGCACGGAUGUCACAGGGGACCAAGAAGCACACUCCUGUUCCAUGGAGUAAAUGUGAGGUACUGAUUAUAAUGGGUUCCCUGGUCUUCCUGCUUUACAUCUGGCAGUAUUAUGAAAAUUUCCAUUUCCAGGUGGUUCACAUGUAUGCCCAUUUGGGGUACCCUAAUGCCCAGCACAUCUUAGGACAGAGAUAUCUGAAAGGAGCUGGUGUAGUCAAGAAUGAAGAGAUGGCAAUGCACUGGUUUAGAAAAGCCUCCCAGCAGGGUCACCCUCAUUCUUCCUUUAACCUGGCAGUUUGGAAGCUAAAAAACAGAACUCUGGCACUUGAAGAAGGGGAAGUAGAGAUGCUUCUUGGUGUGGCUGCUGAUCAGGGACUUCCAGAGGCCCAGGAACUAUUGGAGAACCUUAUUCAAGGGAAAAAAUAAACCAUCACUCCUAGAGAUUACUGGGAGUUCUCACAAACCAUAACCUAGGUCCUAAAU